AAAAAAAAAAAAAAUGUCGGAGAAAAUUCAAAACAGGUCAUUUUCGGUAGUCAACUUUAUUUAUUUUUGUCUAAACAACUAUGCAUCGAAUUUAACAGUUAAAUAUCAAUUUGGUUAUGUUUAAGAUAUAUACUUUAUAAAAUACAUGCCUAGAUACGUUUAGAGGCAUUAUUUUAUUUUAUUUUUAAUAUUAAAUCUACUAAAAAUACGACAGAUGAGUCGAAAAUUUCGAGAUAGAAAGAAACUAUUAUUUUUUAUCUUUCAAAAGCGCCAUUGAAAUUACAAGACCGGAAAAGGAUGCUGAAACCAUCCGACUUCCUGUUUAGUUAAAAAUUAGGAUUUGUAUGCCAAAUUUUAAUGAAACAAAUUUAAUUUUUCUAUGCGUAUUGUAAGCGGGCGGCAGCGGGCGUUACGGGACAUUAACGGUGUCGGGCGGCAGCGGGCGUUACGGGACAUUAAUGGUUAAACAGCAGUGUCUGAGAGCAAGAUUUGCUAUAUAAACAGCAGCCAUUUGUAAAAUAGAGUGGCUUCCCCCUGAAUCUCUUAUAAAAAUAAAACUUAAACAAGAUGGCUGCUAAAGUAAAUGAGCAUGGUUGCAUCUGUUGGAAACAUCGCUAGUCUUCAUUUAUUACGGAAAAGUUUUAAUUCAAUUGUAUAAAAACAGUUCAUUUAUAAGAAACAGGGCAGAAUGGCAGAGGCAACAAAUGAUUUAGAUAUAAAGUCAGAUGAAUUAUCAGAAUUUUCAAAUUCUGAAGAUGUGAAGCCAGAGCUAUCUACAUUACUUUUAUCUUCUGCUGACAUAAAAACAGAAGUAGCAACAUUUUUGACUUCUCAUGAUAUGAAACCAGACAUGACAUUUAUAACUUCACAGGAUUUUAAAACAGAUGUUACACCAGAACUUUUAUCUUCGAAAGAAACAAAAGCAGACUAUACAACAUUUUCAUCUUUUGAUGAUGUAAAACACAAUACGACAUUUAUAACUUCUGAAGAUGUAACAACAGGAUUUUUAAUUAAUAAAGAUAUGGAACCUGCUGUAUCAGCAAUAUGUACAGGAUCAGAAGAUAUAAAAUCAGAAUUAGCAGCGCUAUCAACUAGAGAAGAUAUAAAAUCAGAAUUAGCAAUGUUAGCAAGAAGUGAUGAUAUAAAACCAGAUUUAUGGACAAAAUUUAUAGAUUUUGAGGACAAACAGCAAAAAGGACUAGAAGAAAAGCUAGAAAUUUCUGAAGAUAGAACAUUUGAGUCUGUUUUUCAGCAUGAACAUUUUUUUCAAAGAUCUAACUUGAACAAACAUAAACAAGCUCAAGUAGGGGAGAGGCCUCUUGAAUGUGAUGAUAGUCAUAAAAGGUUUUCAGAUAGUUCUAGUUUAAGAAAACAUAAAAAAGUUAAUUCAGGAGAUAAGCCACAUGAAUGUGAUCUUUGUCAUAAAAAGUUUUCAUUCCGUUCUAGUUUAAGUAGGCACAAAAAAAUUCAUUCAAUGGUUAAGCCUUAUGAAUGUGAUGUUUGUCAUAAAAGGUUUUCAGACAGUUCUUAUUGUAAUAGACACAAAAGAGUUCAUACAGGAGAAUAUCAAUAUGCAUGUGAUAUUUGUCAUAAAAAGUUUUCAGACAGUUCUAAUUUAAAUAUACACAAAAGAGUUCAUUCAGGGGUUAAACCUUAUGAAUGUGAUGUUUGUCAAAAAAAGUUUUCAUACAGUUCUAGUUUAAAUAAACAUAAGAAAGUCCAUUUAAUGGUUAAGCCAUAUGAAUGUGAUGAUUGUCAUAAAAGGUUUUCACACAGUUCUACUCUAAGAAUACACAUAAAAAUUCAUUUAGGGGUUAAGCCUUAUGAAUGUGAUGUUUGUCAUAAAAAGUUUUCAUGCAGUUCUAGUUUAAGUAAACAUAAGAAAAUCCAUAUAAUGGUUAAGCCUUAUGAAUGUGAUGUUUGUCAUAUAAGGUUUUCAGACAGUUCUUAUUUUAAUAGACACAAAAGAGUUCAUACAGGAGAAAAUCAAUAUGAAUGUGAUAUUUGUCAUAAAACGUUUUCAGACAGUUCUUCUAUAAGCAAGCACAAAAAAAUUCAUUUAGUUGUUAAGCCUUAUGAAUGUGAUCUUUGUCAUAAAAAGUUUUCAGACAGUUCUAAUUUAAAUACACACAAAAGAGUUCAUUCAGGAGUUAAACCAUAUGAAUGUGAUCUUUGUCAUAAAAAGUUUUCAGACAGUUCUACUCUAAGCAAACACAAAAAAAUUCAUUUAAUGGUUAAGCCUUAUGAAUGUGAUGUUUGUCAUAAAAAGUUUUUAUUCAGUUCUAGGUUAAAUAAACAUAAAAAAGUUCAUUCAGGAGAUAAGCCACAUGAAUGUGAUGUUUGUCAUAAAAGGUUUUCAGACAGUUCUACUCUAAGCAAACACAAAAAAAUUCAUUUAAUGGUUAAGCCUUAUGAAUGUAAUGUUUGUCAUAAAAAGUUUUCAGACAGUUUUCAUUUUAAUAGACACAAAACAAUUCAUUCAUCAGAUAAUUCUGAUAAUCCGUAUGAAUGUGGUGUUUGUCAUAAAAAGUUUUCAUACAUUUCUGUUCUAAACCAACACAAAAAUAUUCAUAUAGAAAUUAAGCCUUAUAAAUGUGAUCUGUGUCAUAAAAAUUUUUCAUACAGUUCUUAUCUAAGCCAACACAAAAAUAUUCAUUUGGAAGUUAAGCCUUAUGAAUGUGAUCUUUGUCAUAAAAGGUUUUCAAACAGUUCUAAGCUAAGCCAACACAAAAAUAUUCAUUUGGAAGUUAAGCCUUAUGAAUGUGAUGUUUGUCAUAAAAGGUUUUCAAACAGUUAUAGUUUAAGUAAACAUAAAAAAGUUCAUUCAGGAGAUAAGCCACAUGAAUGUGAUCUUUGUCAUAAAAGAUUUUCAAACAGUUCUAAUUUUAAUAGACACAAAAGAAUUCAUUCAGCAGAUAAUUCAUAUGAAUGAUUUUUUUCAUUAAAAAGUUUUCAUAAAGUUCUUCUCUACGCAAACACAAAAAAAUUGGUUAAGCCUUAAGAAUGUCAUAACUUUGUCAUAAAGGGUUUUCACUUUGUUCAUUUAGGAAAUAAAUUCUAUAAAUCUGAUGUUGGUCAUGAAAACUUUACCCACGAUAGUGUAUGAUAAUAUUUUCUAAAUUGUUCAAGCACCAAAUGAAUAGACAUUCUAAUCUUCAAUUCAUUCAUGAUCUGUAUAUAUUCAUAAUAGGAUUGCAUGUAAGCACCAAAUGAAUAGACAUUCUAAUCUUCAAUUCAUUCAUGAUCUGUAUAUAUUUAUAAUACAAUAGCAUGUUUUAGUUCUACUUCUAGGUCACUGGUGUAUAUUUUCAUAUAUUAUGUGCAAAUACAGCUAAAUUGAUGUUCAUUUGCAUGUAUUUUAAUGAAAAUAAAAGAUAAUAGCAGACUAUUAUUAAUAAGUUAUAAUAGUAAAUUUACCCAAUUUAGACCAUCCUUGUGGCUGAACAUUUAUAGUUGAUCUUUUCUUUGGUCUCAGUCUGAGAAGUGUAAGUGGGGUAAUUCCCUAAAACAACUAUCAGUUUCUAAUGCUUGACACUAUCCCACUUUCUUUUCUAUUUGCAAACAGUACCACCCUAUACAAGUUGCAAAUUUAAAAGGCAAUAAAGAAAAACAAGACGAACACUGUAUUGGUUAUGUUCUGACAUUUUGGUAUCCUAUUUCUAGCAUAAUUUAUGCUUUGUUGUUUUUUCUUGUUUUCUUUUUUUUUUAAAAACACUUUAAUUUUAAUGAAAAUGUUGCUGUGUGAUUGUAACAAGAAAAAAAAUAAAUUUCUAACUAAAUGUUUUUUUAGGGGUUUUCUGACAAUGUUUGUAUUCUGACAUAAAAAUUCCAAUUAGACCAUAGUGUGUUAAAGUGUAUGUGGCAUAUAUUUUAUAUACAUCCAUCUGUAUUAUUAACAGACUAUAUAUAAACAUCGUUACUGUUAAGUAUGCAGUGAUUAAAACUUAUACACUCAUACACCCAACUAAGCGACGCCACUGCCUAUAGGCUAUUACAUUUUCCAAGACCACUAACGCAUAUUAUAUCCAUAAUAAGUUAGUUUCCUUAGCCUAUAGGCCUAUAAACAUUUUCCAAGACCACUACCACAUGUAAAAUUAUGUUAUUUGUUACAUGAGCCCACAAGUUUUAAUUAUGUAUGUAUGUAACCAAGGAUUACAAAAGCAUAUAAGAAAAAAUAAUACUUCCAUUGCCUCAAGUGUUAA